GCACCUUUUCUGAUCCCAAGGCGCCCAUCAUGGCCAACUGGACAAAUACCGCAGCGCCCAACUUGUGGAAGACCCCGGUGCCAUGAAGAUCAACCUCGAGAGCCUGCUAGUUGGCAAUGGCUGGUUCGAUCCCGUUGUUGGCUACGAGGCGUUUUACAACUUCACCGUGUCGCCCAGCAACACGUACGACUUGACGCUCAACGAGUCCGUCUCUAAGCAAAUGUACGACGACCUCUACGGCCCCAAUGGCUGCAAGGCGCGUCUGCAAAAGGAGUGCUCCAAGCCUACUGGCAACUACACUGCAUGUGUCCAAGCCGAUAACUUCUGUAGCGACAAGAUCGAGAGUGUCAUGGACAACAACCUAUUCCGCGAUGACCAUGACAUCCACGACCUUAGCCCCGUCUCAUUCUCGUACAAUGUUUGCGUCAACUACCUUAACGCGCCCAAGGUGCAGGAGGCCCUUGGCGCCUUUACAAACUACUCCGACUAUUCGUAUAUUGUGGGCAACGCUUUUGGCAGGACCGGCGACGAUGGGUGCGAGGUCAACGCAGUCGAUGAUCUCGGCCUGCUGCUCAAGCAGGCCGUCACUGUCGCCCUGUAUGCGGGUAAUGCUGACUUUAUCUGCAACUAGUACAGCGUGUAGACGAUUUCUGACGGAGUAGGCGCUCUAAGCUGGGCCA